AUGAAGAGUUUUUUUCUAGUUGUGAAUAUCCUGGCAUUAAUUCUGCCAUUUUUGGGCGCAGAGGUGCAAAACCAGGAACAACUAACAGGUUGUGAGAAUGACAAAAGAUUGUUUGAUCAAAAGACAGUCAAAUAUGUUCCAAUUAUUUAUGUUCUGAAGAGCUCUCCUCACUCUGAGCUCAAUUACUACCAAUAUAGACCAGCUGUACCAAUUAAUAACCAAUAUAUGCCUCAGCCAUAUUAUGCAAAACAAGUGUCAGUUAGACCACAUGCCCAAAUUCCUCAAUGGCAAGUCCUGCCAAAUGUCUACCCACCUGCUGUGGUCCGGCACCCCUACCUACAUCCACGACUUAUUGCCAUUCCCCCAAAGAAAACUCAGGAUAAAACGGUCAUUCCUAACACCAACACCAUUGCUGCUGUUGAACCUACACCUACUCCUGCCACUGAACGAACAACUGUAGUGAUUCCAGAAGCUUCCUCAGAAUUCAUCACAAGCACACCUGAGGCUACCACAGUCACACUUACUUCACCCGUGGUCUGA